AUUAUUACCUCAGUGGUUUUCCUUACACCCAGAUAGCCAGGCAGGGGAAGCUUAACGGUCAGAUUAUUUGCUCCCUCCUCAAAAUCACGUUCACCUCCGCGAGCUCCGUGACCCCGGCGGAGCUUGUGGCGGCGACGCCGUAGAGUUCUCAAAAAUGGCUUCCCCCUUUCCAUCAUAUGACGACAGUCUCUCAUUCGUCAAUGCCACCACGAUUGCCAUUGACAAAGACAAGAACAGCCUGCAUGCUGUCCGUUGGGCGAUUGAUCAUCUUGUAAUCACAAACCCACUUGUCAUUCUCAUCCAUGUGAAGCAAAAAAACAGUAAUCGUAGGGUUUCUGGUGAGAGUUCUGCAGAAGGUGAUGCCGAGGCUGAUGACGCGCUGCAGAUUUUCGUUCCAUACCGAGGAUACUGUGCUCGCAAAGGGGUGCAAUUGAAGGAGAUUGUCAUUGAAGAUAAUGAUGUAUCUAAAGCUCUAUUAGACUACAUCUGCAAAAAUGUAAUCGGCACUAUUGUUGUUGGUGGAUCAUCAAGAAAUGCUCUUACGAGGAAAUUUAAGAACCAAGAUGUGCCAACGUCAUUGAUGAAAUCUGCACCAGAUUAUUGUUCUGUUUAUGUAAUAUCCAAAGGGAAGAUACUGUCAGUUCGAUCAGCAGCACGUCCUGCAGCAAAUACUGCCAUUCCACCUAGGAUUCCAUCCCCACAACUAGCAGACUGUGCCGAAUUCGAGGAUGGACAUAGAGGACAGAUCACAAAGGGAUCAUUAAGGAAUGCAGCGUCGGAGAGGACUUCGUUUGACAGGAGUAGUGAUUACACAAGACCAGUUUGCGAGGGAGCCAGGAGUGCUUCACCUAGUCUCUCGUUGGACAAUAUUGACAUUGGAUUCUCUGCGCCAAGGUCCUCUGUCAGCCGCAACUCUGUUUCUGACGAAACUGAUAUGGUGGGUGGAUUUUCUAGGGGCUCAAUGGACAUUUCAGGACAAGAUUUAGAUUUCUCCAUGUCAAAUUCUCCCAGAAAGUCCUCGGCCUCCGCGCGGGAUAUGGAUGCUGAGAUGAGAAGAUUAAAGCUUGAACUUAAACAAACCAUGGAUAUGUACAGCACAGCUUGCAAGGAAGCGCUCUCAGCCAAAAAGAAGGCUAAUGAGCUUAGUCAAUGGAAAGUGGAUGAGUAUCGUAAAUUGGAGGAAGCUAGGCUCGCAGGAGAGACAGCUCUUGCCGCUGCAGAGAUGGAGAAGGCCAAGACCAAAGCUGCUAUUGAGGCUGCUGAGAUGGCACAAAAACUAGCAGGGAUGGAAGUACAGAGAAGAAGGCAAGCAGAGAUGAAAGCCAAGCGAGAAGAGGAAGAGAAGAACCGUGCUUUGACAGCUUUGGCAAAAAAUGACAUAAGGUAUAGAAAGUACUCCAUUGAAGAGAUUGAAGAAGCUACCAGCAAGUUCUCAGAUUCAAAUAAAGUUGGUGAAGGUGGUUAUGGACCUGUGUACAAAGGAAAACUUGAUCACACUUCGGUUGCCAUAAAAGUCUUGAGACCUGGUGCUGCUCAAGGGAAGAAGCAAUUCCAACAAGAGGUUGAGGUCCUCAGCACCAUUAGACAUCCAAACAUGGUACUACUCCUUGGAGCCUGCCCUGAGUAUGGAUGCCUGGUAUAUGAAUACAUGAGCCAUGGAAGCUUAGAAGAUCGUUUGUUUCGUAAAGGCAACACACCCCCACUUUCAUGGAGAAAACGAUUUAAGAUAGCCGCUGAAAUCGCGACUGCACUUCUAUUCCUCCACCAAGCAAAGCCAGAACCCCUUGUGCACCGGGACCUUAAACCAGCAAACAUUCUCUUGGACAGGAACUAUGUGAGCAAGAUUAGUGAUGUUGGCCUAGCACGGUUAGUCCCACCUUCUGUAGCUGAUACCGUCACACAAUAUCACAUGACUUCAGCUGCUGGGACCUUUUGUUAUAUAGAUCCUGAGUAUCAACAAACUGGAAAGUUAACUACAAGAUCAGAUAUAUACUCACUUGGGAUAAUGCUACUUCAGAUUAUUACAGCCAAGUCUCCAAUGGGUCUUGCCCACCAUGUUGGGAGGUCUAUUGAAAAAGGUAAAUUUGCAGAUAUGCUCGACCCGGUAGUUGUGGAUUGGCCUGUUGAAGAGGCUCUAGAGUUUGCUAAAUUGGCCCUAAAGUGCGCCGAGUUAAGGAAGAAGGACAGACCACACCUUGGGACAGUUAUCGUGCCAGAGCUCAACCGACUUAGAGAUCUUGGAAGAAAUUCUGAGCCACGCAGCAGUAAUAAUGGCUAUACCCAAAGCUCUCGACACGGCAAUAGUGGUCAUACUCGCAGUCAUGGGCAAAGCAGCAGUUCUUACAGUGGCAGCCCCUUGCCACGCUCCCCCUUGUCAAGCAUAAAUCAGGACGUGACGAGUAAGACCUACGAUCUUAGAAGGGAACGUAAAUCUGAUCCAGAAGAUGGCAGUGAAUGAUGAUCAAGAUCCAAAUUGUAGAAGCUAAGAACCGACACUGGAAAUGGGCGUGAAAAUGAGUUCCCUGAAAAACCUGUUAAAACAGGUAGAAACUGUUUCUUCAGCUCCUUUCAGUGACUGGAAAAAAGGUGUUACUUUUGUAUAUUGGAUUUUGAGUAUUAUCACCACUAUUGUGCUUCCAGCAUAAAACAUACCAACUUCAAUGAUGUCAUUUGAACAUUUCAGAUAUAUUGCAAACUGACUUCCUUCCCCAUUC